AUGAAGUGGCAUAUUAUAACCUGGUUGCUACUUGGUCUACUUAUACUGCCCAAAGCUAUAGCAUGGACAAAAGAGGAUUACGAAAUAUUUGAUCUUGUUGAUGAACUAGAAACAGAAGAGGGGGAAGAAACGACCUUUUACUCAUGGCUUGGACUAGAGCCAACAGCAACCGAAAAAGAAAUCAGUAAAGCUUACCGGAAACUAUAUUUGCAGCUACAUCCAGACAAGAAUCCUGAUGCUAGAAGCAAUGAAAAGUUUGCUCGACUUGGUUUAAUUGCAGGCAUUCUUCGUAAUCCAGAGUCGAAAGAACGAUACGAUUGGUUCUUGAAAAAUGGUGUUCCUCGAUGGCGCGGAACCGGUUAUUAUUACAGUCGAUAUCAACCAGGAUUGUUAACAGUGUUGGCUUUUCUCGUUGUCUUAGUUUCCACAGUCCAAUACAUAGUAUUCUGGAUCACUUUCGUACAGGAUAAGAAACGCAUUCGAUAUUACAUCCAUAGAGCAAGAGAGAUUGCAUGGGGCAAGACCAUGAAGAAACAAAUGACGACGAAAAGAGUGACAGUAAAUGAUGUUCAGUUUUAUGUAUACCCGGAUUAUGUUGCGCUUUCGAAUGAAGAUGGACGAGUCAAGUUGGAUGAGAAUGACGUCUCUAAACCGAGAAUAUUUGACGUCUUUGUAUUCGCAAUAUUCAAAUGGCUAUUCACGAUUAUCUUUGGUAAAGUUUUUCGGAAGAACGAAAAGGAGAUGGAAGACAGUAAGGAAAAUGAUAGCACUAACGAGGGGGGAGAGUCGUUUUCGAGUGAUGAUGAGCAGAGUUCUCAAAGUGAACCAAAACGGCGGGUGAGAUCUAGAAAUAAAAAAGGACGUAGAGCAAGGAAUUAA